AAAGAAAGGAGAAUGUGGAUAAUUGGAAGAGGAUGGAAUGGUCUGAGGACUCAACGAAUAAGACUCCAAGUUGAUCGUUGUUGUCCACGUUGUAGUCGUAUAUAUGCAAUAAUACAACGAUAUGACUUGAUUAUCGUUGGUGGUGGACCUGCUGGUUGUUUUGCUGCUGUUCAGUUAUGUGAAGCAACGUAUCCAACAGUGCCUCGUAUAUUGAUAGUAGAAAGAGCUCCUCGAAUUCUUGAAAAAGUUCGAAUCAGUGGCGGUGGUAGAUGCAACGUUACUAAUGGGGAAUGGGAUCCUAAAGUGUUUGCUCAACACUAUCCAAGAGGUGGGAAGGAAUUGAUAGGUCCACUAACUCGUUUUGGGUCCUUGCAAAUGAAAGAAUGGUUGAAACAAAACGGUGUGAAGUUGAAAACGGAAAAGGACGGACGAGUAUUUCCAGUUUCCAACGAUAGUCAAACUAUUAUCCAAUGUAUUCAACGAGCAUUGCUUUUAUACAACGUGGAAAUUCGUGUACAAUAUCCAAUAGCGAAUAUAGAAAGAAAUGAGAAUGGACUUUUUCUUGUUCAUGGAAAGGAAUUGUUAUCAAGUCAAUAUCUUUUGGUUAGUACGGGUUCCCAUAGAGCGACUUAUCGUUGGCUUUCUUCUUGGGGACAUACCAUUCACUCACCUUGUCCAAGUUUAUUUACUUUUUGUAUCGAUGAUGUUCGUUUACAAGGAUUAUCAGGAACAACGGUGCAAGAUGUUGGUUUGAAGAUAAUGGGAAUCGAUGGUCGUCGUUCAUCAUCGUUACCAAAAAGUAGCUUUAUUCAACGUGGACCUUUGUUGAUCACUCAUUGGGGUUUAUCGGGUCCUGCUGUGUUGAGAUUAUCUGCUUGGAAUGCUCGAGAACUUGCUGCUGUUCAUUAUGAAGCACAAUUAUCGAUUGAUUGGUUACCUGAUAUCCAUGUCGAACAAGUCAAUUCUAUUCUCAUGGAAAAGAAGCUUUAUUGGAAAACAAAACAAGUCACUACUGUUUGUCCAUUUAGAGAUAAAGACGGAAGACUUUCUAAAAACUUGUGGCGAAAUAUUGUUGUUCAAACGCUUAAUAAUGAAGCAUAUUUAUGGAAAGACCUUUCCAAAGCUCAACUUGAUGCUUUGUCAAAUGCUUUAAAAUCAAGUCUUUUCGAGAUUCAAGGAAAAGGUAUCUUUAAAGAGGAAUUUGUAACUUGUGGUGGAGUAUGUAGAAAACAAGUUCAUUUUGAUAGUAUGGAAAUUAAAUGUGUGCCUCAACUAUACUUUGCUGGAGAGGUUUUAGAUAUCGAUGGAUUGACAGGAGGUUUCAAUUUACAAGCAGCAUGGACAACUGGCUAUUUAUGUGGUCGUAGUAUUGCAAAGAGACUGCAAGUCAUCCCAUUUUCAACGUUACAAGGAGAUGGUUGAGAAUAAUUACUUGCCAAAAAUAGAUUCCAAUGAAUACAUUGUUUUUGGAGGUUCUCUAUUAGCAACUAUUGUACGAGAUGAAGAAGAUGAAUGUCCAUAAAGUGGAUAGAAAAGUUGUAUCAAACCAUAAUAAAGAAGAAUAGCAUUUGUGGGAUUUUGGGUUGGAAGUUUCAAAGGAAAUGAGGAGGAGGAUAGUGUUUUUUGUGGUUCAUAUAAUCGAGUAUAUUCAAACUGCGUUAGAUAUUGUUUCCAGUCCAUUCCUCGAUUCUCCAGUGUACUACUACUACUAUCUUCCAAAGGAUAUUCCAGUCUCUUUUUCACAAAACUGGUAAGGUCCCUGUUUGGUUUUGUUCUUUGUAGAAAAGAAUGUGUGGCUGCCACAGAUGCGUAACUUGAUGACUCUAAAGAGUAACAUGGGGCUGUGGCUUCCAUUCGUUUACGCACAGGUUGCAGGACAAAAUAAAAGUUUCGUUUCCUGUGAUGACCAUCCCAACUUGUUGCUUCAUCGAGCAUGUUCGUAUCGGGAUUCAUCGACUGCUCUUCUUUUUGAUAGCAUAAAGAGGAUUGGUUAUUG